AUCAUCUUGUCCCUCUCCCUCCCCGCCAGAAAAAGACCUAUCUUUCUCCCAACCAACUUCUCCAUUUUAGUUGAGAGUGAGUUUGCAAUGUUCAGGCUGGUUAUGACGCCGCCUCCGAGGCGGCGUAUUCAGCAGUGGCGCGAGGCGUGGGCUCGCCUUCUGGCUCCUCUGACCAUCUGGCUAUUUGGCAUUUUCGGUGAGCCUCCGAUAUGGAUUUUACGGGGAUUGCCGCAUGAUGCUUGGCCCCAGCUCUUCACGCUUGAUGAAAGCUAGCUCUGUGUUUGUGGAACAAGUUGAAGUCAGAGACGAGGACAAGAAAGGGGUCCUUCUCUAUGCUUUCUCCGAGAAGCCUGAACUGAGCUGCCAAGCUAAUUGGAAUGUCUCAAACUAUGUGAUUGUUAGAUCCUACAGCCGCAAGGGUUUUUCUUUGUGGUUGAACAAAGGUUCGACGGUACGUAUAAGAUUGGAGGCUCCAACUAGUGCUUUAAAUAAACUGGAAGUAGUUAUGAUCAAAGGAGAGCAGACAUUCAACAGAUUGUUGCCGAAAGUGACAAGUUUCCCCGAUGCCCCUCCCCCAAAGGAAUCAAUCAAUGGUAAAGGGGCAGAAUUCAGCAUUGAGGAAGAUGACAGGUACUACCUUGGAAUCAUAAACACGAACCCAAGAAGCAUAAUCAUGACCAUGACUCUGAAUGUUUCAGCUAAGAUUUAUGAUACUUCUAAAGCUAAGAGCAUGUGUUCCACAACAUCGGGUUCGUGUCGGCUCAACCUUCUUUUUCCCAGUACUCAUUAUGUCAUACUCACCACACCCAACAAUGGGGAUCUGGGUGGAUCGUACAUCGAGCUUUCUUUUGUGGCACGCAUGUUAACAUACAUUACAAUAUUAGGAUUUCUUGUGAUUAUAGUUUUGCUGAUUCUGAAAUACCUUGGAGCCUGUGGUGGGGAGAAUAAUACCAUCACAGACGUAGCAGUACCAGAAGAGCGGGAAGCAACCGAGACUGACCCUAUAAUGCCGGUGAAGCCAUUGCCAUACAAAUAUGGAACAGGUGAAGAAGGGGAAGAUUCAGAAGCAUUAAGUAGCUCUUCAGAGGAAUUAUAUGAUUCAAAAUUAUGUGCAAUUUGUUACGAUGAGCAAAGGAAUUGUUUCUUUGUUCCUUGUGGCCAUUGUGCCACCUGCUAUGAUUGUGCACAGAGGAUUAUGGAAGGGGAGAACAGGGUGUGUCCAAUAUGCAGACGGCUUAUUCACAAAUUGAGAAGAUUGUUUAACUCUUAGAGCUGAAUAUUUGAGCUUGUGAAGAAUUUUUUGAAACGUUUGUGAGAUAUUUUUUUAUGCCUGGUGGCUGGAAAGAUGAGUUUGAUUUUCGUGUGAUGAAUUCUAAAGUGUGCAAAAUAGAGAAGAAGUUGUCGCAUUGAGUUGCAAAGAAUUUGAAUA